AUGGCACAUCGCCGGUUGGCCUGGACCGCCAAUAACCCUGUUAGGGCCGCUACUACGAGGCCUAGUUUCUCGCUCGUCUCUUUUGUCGCGAUCUUUUCCUUCAUUCUAUCGCUCUCCACCACCGUGCUCGCAGAGAGCUCCAUCCUCCUGCCUUCCGCCGCCUCCGAUUCUUUUCCCGCGUGUGGACUCUCCUGCUCCCUGCUCCAACAGGCCCAGAGUGGGUGUGUGCCCCCUAAAGCUCCCGAGAACGAUAAAUCCGUCUAUGUUUCUUGCUUUUGUCAGUCAGCCUUGAUCUCCCAGCUUCAUAACUCUCCGGACGGGACUUGCGACGACACCUGCACCAGUUCUUCCGAUCGCUCGUUGCUUCAGACAUGGUUUAACGAUUAUUGUUCGUCUGGGGGAAACAUCAAGGAUGAUACAUCAGGAGACCCGGUAGUCAACACACCCACCACCACAGCAGAUUCACCCACCGAUUCAUCCACCAUGGCAGCAAGUACUGCAACCUCUAGCGCGGCCGUAAAGGCCAACUCUGCGCCCCAGAGCUGGUGGGACGGUCAUUACCAGUGGGUGAUCAUGGUAAUCGUCCUGAUUGUCGCGUUCACCAUCAUCAUCAUUGUCGGCGUGUGGCUGAAACGUCGUCAUGCUGCCAAACAUCCCAACCUUUACCACAGCACAUCUGGCAGUGGCAACAGUAGCGGGCUGUUGUUCAAUCGCGCACAAGACCCAACCCAAUUAGGGGCUCGAAGCCAGGCUCUCGCUCAACCUCCUCUUGAUUAUGUCCAUACCGAUUCCGUGGCCAGCAGUUCUCGCACAGAAGUGAUGGCGUCCAAAACUCGGUCCAACCAGCCUUCGCGGUUACAGAAGACUCCAGAGAGUAUGGACAAUAGGAAUGUCGAGACCCGGGAGGUGCUACGGUAG